AUGACCUCACUACCAAGACCGUUGGACAUAUCCGGAGGUGUAUCAUUGCUUCUAUGGCUCGCGCUCAUAGCGGGUAUCUCACUCAGUCUUUUUUUCCCGAGCGUCGUGGAGGCACGACCUGAGUUUGCCGCCGAGCUCGAGAAAGAGUGUAGCUUUUGUCAUCUCGACCCAGCUGGCGGUGGACCCCGGAAUCGGAUCGGCGAAAUUUUUGAAGAGAACUAUUUUGAAUUUCCCGAAGAUUUUGACAUGGAAGCCGUGACAGAGGAAGCCAAGGAAGUUGUCAAGCAACUCACCACUUCCCUUGAUUUUCAGACCGCUUUUAUCAAAACAACGCAUGUCAGCGAAGAGGGCAGCGAAGGGAGUGGGGCGAUCGCUGGAUGUAAUUCAUGUCACUCUUCGAUCGACAGAUUUCUGCUCAUGCAAGCAGAAGUAACGUUCAACGCACAAGCCUCUGAACACGUUCGGCUUACCCUUUCCAAUAACGUUGGAACAACGUUGAAUGCGUUUGCAACGGUAGAUGCUAUUCCAAAACAUCUUUAUGUCAAAGUCGGACAAUUUCGGCUGCCGUUCGCUAUCAAACAUAAGGACCACAACAUCCUCGUCCGGGAGGGGUACGGACUCGGUUCUAACAAACGGGAUAUCGGCGUUGAAAUCGGUGGAAGUGCCGGAAAAAUUUUCUAUAAUGCGGCUUUCUUUAACGCCAACAACGCCGCAGCAAAAGGUGGACUCGGGACCCUUGGUGCCCAACUCGGACCGAUUCGAGCAGGAGUAUCCGCAAUACUUGAAAAACCGAGUGAAGACUGGGAACGCCUCAUCGGUGCAUUUCUCACCGCCUCCUACGCAGGUGUGAGUAUCGAGGGUGAAUUCAAUUUUGGAAAUAGCGGAGAGGUAGCCGCUUUCACACCGGAUGCUGUUGAUUCAAAAGGGGUAUUACGUCGGGGCAAAAUAUCGCAUCCUCCGCCAACUCACCGUUGCAGGUCGGUACGGUCUGUUCGAUCCCAGAUCGAAUGGUUAAGGGAGAUGCAAGCCAACGGGUAA